AUGAUAGGAGAAGAAGCAGCCUCACAAUAUUUUGACACUCAAACCAUCGCUUUCCAAAACACUCUAUGCCUUAGAAACAAGGUAACAUCCAGCAAAUUGAGAAACAUAUACGCUUCCAUGCACGCUCCGCCGACAGACAUGCAAGUGAAUGAAAAAGCGAUUACGAAUGCAACCAGCCUACAGAUACCCGCCGAAACUAUAACUCUAUUAAGUCUCGGUCCAAAAUUUGCCUUUCCUGUCACUAAACUGUCACAUAUACCACUAUUUCACGUUAUGUGCGACGUGGAAAACAUUAUCCAAUCACACCAAGAUAAACGGAUACAGGACACCACCCGAUGUCAAGCCACCAACAUCAUACUAAACUUCAUUCAUGGCUUCGGAUCUCAAGUUGACGCCUUAGAACCACUUGGUAGAUGGUGCUCAACGGCUCAAAAAGUCACUGGCAAUUUCCUAAAAGCGCAUCCCGAGAUUUUGAUAUUGUCAUCCGACAAAGGAAAUCGUACCGUAAUAAUGUACACCAAAGACUACCAAGACAAAAUGCGCACUCUUGUUGAAGAUGAACAAACAUACCGCAAAGUGCCAAGAGACCCCACUAGUGGAUUGCAACAAAAGAACAACAAUUUUGCUACUCAACUCCUCAACCUGAAACUCAUAGACCAGAAAACAGCUAAAAGUCUUAAAACUUACAACUCUACCUGCCCCAGAAUAUACGGACAGCCGAAAGCGCACAAGAACAACCUUCCUCUUCGUCCAGUGGUACCCAACUACUCAGCCCCCACCUACAAGUUAUGCAAAUACAUCGCCAACAUCCUAAGCACUUCGCUCACCAGCCGCUACAACACUUUCAGUUCCUUUGAAUUAUGCGAAGAGUUAAAAACAAUCAUUCUCCCAGAGAACUACAUAAUGGUUUCCCUGGACGUAGUCUCACUAUUCACCAACGUUCCCAGACAGCAGGUCAUCACUUCUAUCACCGAACGAUGGAAAAAAGUAAAAACCAACAUAACACUUAGCCUCUUCUUGGAAAUUGUCCAAUUUUGCAUGGAAGCCAGCUAUUUCAGGUACGACAGCAAAUUUUAUUUUCAAAUCUAUGGUACAGCUAUGGGGAGCCCCUUGUCCCCCGUUUUGGCAGACAUAGUACUAGAAGACAUCAUAACAAGAGCGCUUGCAGAGUUACCUUUUGACGUCCCUUUCUUACGUAAAUAUGUUGACGACCUGUUCCUUGCAAUACCAAAAAAUUGUAUUGAAACAGUGUUAGAGGUUUUUAACCGCCAGGAACAACGCCUUCAAUUCACCAUCGAAAUCGAACAGGAUCGGAAACUUCCUUUUCUUGAUAUGAUGGUUACUCGAAAUGAAAACCAAUCUAUCACGACCGAUUGGUACUGCAAGCCCAUUGCGUCGGGGAGAAUGCUUAACUUCUACUCAUUUCAUCAGUACAAGCACAAAAUUAACGUCGCCAAUAACUUCAUUCAUCGAGUGAAGUCACUAACCACCCACAACACCACCAACACUAGCAGUAUCAUUCACCAACAACUGAAAUCAAACUGCUACCCGGCAACUCUAGUAUCCAGACUCAUUAACGAGUACCACGGAAAACACCGUAAGGCCCACCCAACACAGUUCGUUCAUACAUCAGACUCAGCGUUACCCGUUCCAACAUCGCGCCAAACUGAACCAUCACCACCUAUCGUCUUGGAGCCACCAACCAACAACAGCCACCCAACUGAACCAUCAUCAUCUGUCGACCAGCAGCCACCAGCCACCAACAGCAUCACCACAGCUCACCUUAACACUAACAACGAACCAACAACAACUGCACCGGAUCAACAGCCUAACGAAGCCAUGUAUCGAUCAUUGCUUUACAUCCCCAAGCUCACUGAUCGACUCAUCAAAUCUUUCCGAAGACAAUUCCCCAAUUUGACCAUCGCCACCAGAAUCAAUUCCACCGUUAGCAAAUUCCAUAGUUACGUAAAGGACCCUAUAAACAAAUUCGACAACUCAAACAUUAUUUAUAAAAUACCAUGCAAUGACUGCAGCAACUGCUACAUCGGAAUGACCACGAACAAAUUGAAAACCAGAUUAUCCGGACACACAUCGCAUGUAAACAAGCUGGCCAAAAUUUUGGAAGCGAACACCGACACAAACACACAAAACAACGACCUAAGAGAGCUAAGAGAAAAGACAGCAUUAAUCGAACAUUGUAUCAACACCAAACACAGUUUCAAUUUCGACAAGACUCACAUACUAGAUAGAGCCCCGAACUCACACCAUCUGCCAUUUUUGGAGAUGUGUCAUAUCUAUUGCACACCCAACACAGUAAACAGACGAGUUGACAUAGACAACCUCAACACAGCCUAUGCCGGCAUAUUACACAAACUAAACCACACAGAAUCAAACAAUAUGCCAGAUAGCUCAAGCUCAAUAGAAGCAGAAUAA